AUGAAGAUUGGAGAAGGCUCGAUACUAAACGAAUACGAAAGACAACGACUUGAAAAUAUUCGUCGCAAUGAAGAAAUUCUUAGACAGCUAAAUAUUCCAGAACUUUCUCGUUCUCCAAGUCAGCCUACACGUCAAUCUUUACGUUUACGCGGUUUCACACCUGACGGGGCUGAUGCUAAAAGAGAAGCUGAAAAAGUCGAAAAACGACGUGAAAGAGAAAAACGCGUUAGAUUGAUGGGUGAUCUUGAUUUAAAUACUGUUCGAUCAGAUAUGACAUCUAUCGAUGAUACCAAUUAUUUUGUUGAUCUUUUAUCUAAAAUGAAAAGGUUCUCUGAUGAUGAAAGUACUAUCUCUGAUGAUAUUGACUAUAGUAGUAUUGCAGGAGGAGCGGAUGGUUUUAAAACAGCUCAAAGGGCUUAUCGUUCGCUCGCCAUUAGAACGCAAUGGGCAAGCGUUAAAGUCACUCCAGAAAGAAUAUACAGUAUUGCUGUUCAUCCUGCUAAGGAAAAGGUGCUGGCUGCUGCUGGUGAUAGAGACGGAUGGCUUGGAUUUUGGGACGUUAAUGAAACUGUCAAAUCAGAAGAUGACGACUACGAAGAUCAACCUAGGACCUACAUGUUUCAGGCUCACUCAGCACCUAUAUCGUCUACAAUGUAUUCCCCUACUGAUUCUAAUCAUCUUUACACGUGUUCAUACGAUGGAUCCAUUAGAUUUUUUGAUUUUAAUCAAGCAAAAUUUAUGGAGGCUUUUAUAUAUUCAGGGACUAAAGAGCCAGAAUGUCAAUUGUCCAGUAUGGACAUGGAUCCUAAUGGUCAGAUAAUUUACUUUUCUACAAACGGAGGCAAAUUUGGAAUAAAAGAUAUCCGUGAACCAGUAGAAAAAUUCACGGAAUAUGAACUACAUGAACAUAAAAUUGGAUGUAUUUCGAUCAAUAAAGUUCUUCCUCAUUAUCUUAUCACAGCUUCUUUGGACAGAUCUAUGCGUCUUUGGGACAUUCGUAAAUUGAAUUCUGAGUCAUCAAUCGAAAUUCAAAAAAUCAGGACUAACAAUGCAAUAACUAGUGCUUAUUGGAGCCCAAACGGUAACCAAGUUGCAAUAUCUUGCUUUGAUGAUACAGUGAAAGUGUAUGACUUUGACAAGGAAACUUACUUAAGACAAAGAUUCCAAACUCCUCAUAACAACCGGACUGGAAGAUGGGUUACUAUGUUUCGUGCAAUAUGGAAUCCGAACCAAAAUGUACAUCCACACUAUAUAAUCGGAGACAUGCAAAGAUCGGCAGAAAUAUUUUCUGGAGUAAAAGGUGAAUUAAUUUGGACUUUACGUGAUGACAGACUUACGGCAAUACCAGCGGUUAAUGCGUUUCAUCCGAAUCUUAAUCUAAUCAUUAGUGGAAAUGCUUCAGGAAGGAUGAACGCUUGGGAAGAAAAUGCCGGGUCAUCGUUAUCAGAACGAUUUAAAUCGAUGCCUCAGCCUAUAGUCGUCAUUAAUGGCAAUCAUCUUUGA